GCUUGUGCUCGCACCUUUAGGCCCGACCCUCGGGGAAACGGGACACGCUUUUUCGACACAUUCUGACCAUCCUGGCCCGACAUCUGCGCCCCAGCCUGCUAUUACCCGAUAUGGACUGCAGUCCUCCUUCGCCUCCACGCCUCCAUCUCAGCCAGCUUCCACCCAUUGCCAUCCUCAGUGCGCAUUUGAGCGACAAUGAAGAGGGCGCCCUCACCAACACGCUGCGCCAGCACGACGCCCCGCUGACCAGCGACAUGUCGAGGGCCAAGAUGUUCGUUGGUAGGGUGGGGACGAAGAGAAGAGCCGAGUUCGAGUUGCGGUCGCGAAAACUGGUUGUUGACGAAGUCGCGGGCACCAAGCGCACAGCGACGCAUGCAAAGGUGUCCACUCAUCCGCAUAAGAAGCAGAGAGCCAUCGGAUCGCCAGUCACGACCGCUUCUGCCAAUCAGAGAUAUUCCCUUAUCAAAGAAGAACAUAGCAACAUCUUAGCAGCCGGAGACUACUCGGAAGCUGAAGCUGAAGCGCCGAAUAAGAGGCGGCGUACUUCACCGUUUUCGUCACCGUUGGCUCAAGACGAAGUUCAUCUUGCACAGAUGUUUGAGAAUAAUUCAAAAGAUGACCUCGUCUGGGUCAUAAAAAUGGACUGGAUAGAGGCUUGUGUGGCCGCGGGCCAUGUCGUUCCCCUAGGCGAUAACUUGGUGUUUAAAGGGAAAGUGCAACAACGACCAAAGCCAGCCAAUCUCGAGCUAGCCAAAAACAUCGUUUCUGUAAUACCAAAACAUCAACCCGUGUCCCAGGCGCUCUUGGCUACCAAACCUCCACACCAGCCUCAUCGAUUCGGCAAUAAGACGUCUCGACGUUUUGAAGGCAAGAGCUAUGCCUCUUCUUCCCAGUCUAUCACUCGCUCAUACACUUCGCAAGCUGCGCAUCUGCUUCAGCAAACCACGAGCGAGUAUGAAGGUGAGGAUAGUGACUUACCACCACCGCCCGAGUGGGUGAAACUAGGUCUCAAGUAUGCGUGCCAGCGCUUCACUCUUGGCAACGGGCCGAAUGAGGUCUUUCUUAACCAACUCAGGAAAAUCAGGACCGCUCGGACCCUUAUCGACGACGAAAUUGGCGUGCGCGCUUACUCAACAAUCAUUGCGUCGAUUGCUGCUUACCCGUGGAAACUCUGCCAUCCACGUGAGCUUGCGCGAUUACCAGGGUGUGAUGAGAAGACGGCGGCCUUGUUUGUGGAAUGGAAGAACACGGGCAAGAUCCAGGCUGUCGAAGACUACGAGGAUGACGAGGCAAUGAAGGUCUUGCGCUUGUUCUACAACAUAUGGGGCGUUGGUGCCAAGACAGCGAGGCAUUUUUACUACAAUAAUCACUGGACUGAGCUGGAUGACAUUAUUGAAUAUGGGUGGAACGAGCUUGACAGGGUGCAACAAAUCGGUGUCAAGUACUACGAAGAGUUCCAAGAACCCAUUCCCCGUGCUGAAGUUGAACAAAUAGCUGCAGUCGUCCGCGAGCAUGCUGUAAAACUACGCGAUGAACGUAUCACUGUUACAAUUGUUGGUGGAUAUAGACGUGGUAAGGCGGCAUCUGGAGACGUGGAUAUCAUCGUCUCGCAUCCUGAGUUGGAACGUACAGCGGGCCUGGUUCAAGAAAUUGUAGGAUCCUUGGAGGAAGCCGAGUGGAUCACGCAUACCUUGACCAUGAGUUUGGCAAACACUAAUCGCGGUCAACAAACGCUACCUUUUCGUUCUACAAGAGGCACUGGGGUAGGCUUUGAUACCCUUGACAAGGCGCUUGUAGUAUGGCAGGAUCCCGCCUGGCCGGCCCGAGAACAGGAUCUCAAGGCAAACCCAAGUGCCAAGAAUCCUGCCAUCCAUCGCCGAGUCGACAUUACCGUAUCGCCAUGGCGGACUGUAGGUUGUGCAGUCUUGGGCUGGAGCGGUGGCACGACCUUUCAGCGAGAUCUGCGACGAUACGCGAAAGCCGUCAAGGGCUGGAAAUUUGAUAGCAGCGGCAUUCGCAGCCGAACUAAUGGCGAAGCCAUCAUGCUUGAAGGGCCGAAUGGCGUCAAUGGAACACCCGAAGAUGCAGAGAAGAAGGUCUUUGAAGGCCUGGGACUCGAGUACGUGCCGCCUGAAUGCAGGGUCACAUAUUGAAGAACCGUUUGCAAAAAAGCAUAACGUGAAGGAACUACUAUAUCGUCCCUGCAUCCCCUCCCUGGACCCCUUCCAUGGUACUCAUUCCAACCAGCAUUUCAAGUAAUUGAUUGCCUUGACAUGGUGCAAU